AUUUGCAGUUAAGCCGAAGGAAAACAUUAAUUUCGUCGACAUAAUAAAAAGGAAAAGGAGGAGAUUCUACGGACGCAACUGGUGUGUGUCUUCAACAUGAUUAUAAUGGAACCUUGACCCUUCCCUGAAAUUUAGAUCUGUGAUGGAAAUUUUCAAGAAAGCCCAAACCGUCCGGCUAAUGAGCCACCACGACAAAUACCUAUCCGCCGACCGGAAGGAAGAGUCGGUUUUCCAAUGCAGGGAUGGCUCCACCAAGGCCGCGAAAUGGACCGUGGAAUUCGUGGAAGGGGCCCACUUCGUCCUCCGCCUGAAGAGCUGUUACGGCAGGUACCUAACCGCCACGGACGAGCAGUACCUUCUCGGCGUGACGGGCAGAAAGGUCCUCCAAACGGUACCUAAGAAAUUGGACUCGAAGAUCGAAUGGGAACCCGUGAGGGAAGGGAACCUGGUGAAGAUGAAAACAAGGUACGGCAACUUUCUGAGGGCGAAUUCGGGAAUCCCUCCUUGGAGAAACUCAAUCACGCACGACAUUCCUCAUAGGCAUCAAGACUGGAUUUUGUGGCAAGUUGAGAUUCUUGAAAUCCGUCCGGAUUCUCCGGAAAAGAUCCCUAGAUCAGAUGACGCCGAUGAUGACUUGUCCAACUUUAGGCUUGCCUCACCAUCUCUUUCCCAACACUCGCGAGGGGAGUCGGUCGAUGGGAGUGAAGGGCGGGUCAUAUACUACUAUGUGGCGGAUGAUAAAGGGAAUGUUGAGGAUAAUGGGGUUGAAUGGCCAUGCUUCCAUUUUAAAGGGAAUGGUUUGGAGGAAUUGAGUGAGAAGCUGGAGGAAGAGACUGGGCUUGAAGAUGUGAUCGUGUGCAUGCGCAACCCUUUGAAUGGCAAGGUUAUCCCUCUCCGCUUAGCUCUCCCGCCUAACAAUUCUACCAUGCAUGUCGUCGUUCUUCCUUCCUCUUCCAAAGCGGCUAGAGUCUUUCUGCCGGAAAGUUCAUUCUCACCAUCUCAUUGUUGAUCAAUCCAUCCCUCCGCGGAUAGCUAGGGUGGUCAUUCAUACUCAGAAGAGAGAAGAACAUUCAGUUAGCAUCGGGUUAUUCUUCUACGAUUUGUUUUUUGAUUGUGAUUUGGACAGAGUGAAACUUAUGUUUGCUGAGUGUGUAGUAGCCUUCUUUGGUCCAACAAGAGGGGGGCUUUGAAUAAUGUAAAGAGGAAUUGAAGUGUCCAUCCUUAACUUCAUGUUAGCAUUUUCAUUGUGCAUUGGUUGCCAAGCUCCACAAACAUUCUUGAAAAUCAUUCUGAAGAUGUUAUUAAAUGGAGAACCUGGG